UGACUAAAAAAUUAAGGCACCCCACCCCGUCCCUCACCUUAUCAGACCGCUUUACUUUCUAGGGACGAGAAACUGUUGCUUCUUCCCAGAAACCAUAAAGAAGCUCUAAAAACCACAAUUUUCUUUUUCUUUUUCUUUUGAGCUACUUAAAUGCAGAACCAGAGACAUUAAAUGACCAUGUUUGUAUUUGCUGAGCUGCCAUUGUCUCUGUCCUCUGCUCCUCCACCUUUCACCACUUGUCAAGCUCAGCUCCUUCGUCACAAAUUUAAGAAAUGGAAACAAUAACUUUGUGGGGUGGCCUAUUUAAAUAGCGAAGAGCUCAUAGCCUUGGUGGUGUGUUCUUCAGUGUUCAAGUUUAGUGUUACGUGAGAAAUUGUUUGUGUGAGAGUGAAAAUGAGCUAUUUGGGUGUAGGGGUGAGCCCUGGGACUGUACCAGUCUAUCAUGGCACAAAUGUUAGGGUUUUGGAUAGGAGGGUGAGACUUGCAGAGUUGACGUUGAGGUGUGUGAUUCUCGCUCUGGGAAUUCUCGCAGCUGUUCUUGUGGCGACUGAUACACAAGUCAAAGAGAUUUUGUCGAUUCGGAAGAGAGCUAAGUUUACAGACAUGAAGGUCUUAGUGUUUGUGGUUAUAGCCAAUGGGAUAGCUGCUGGUUACUCUUUAAUUCAGGGGUUGCGCUGUGCUGCGAGUAUGGCUAUGGGAACUGUACUCUUCAGCAAGCCUUUGGCUUGGCUCAUUUUCUUGGCUGAUCAGGUAAUGGCUUAUGUGGCAAUCUCAGCAGUGGCAGCGGCAUUACAAUCAGCAGUGUUUGCAAAGGCGGGUCAGACAGAGCUUCAGUGGAUGAAGAUAUGUAACAUGUAUGGCACUUUCUGUAACCAAAUCGGAGAGGGGAUCGCUAGUGCUCUUGUGGCUAGUCUUUCCAUGGUGGUCCUCGCUGGUAUUUCUGCUUUCAGUCUCUUUCGUUUGUACGGUGGUAAUAAGCUUAAAAAUGAAGGUUGGUAGGUUAGGUGCUAGGAAGUGAAUUGAAGUAGAGCAUAAUAUAUAUAUAUAUAUAUAUAUAUAGGUUUUGACUUAAAAAUUGGUUAAGCACCCACCAUCUAUCCUCUGUUUCUUGUUAUACUAGCUUGGGAUGUUUCUAAACUGUGCAUGUAAGGUAGUUUGUUUACGAUAAUACAAGAACCUCAGCUUUGUUUGUUAACUACUCGUUCAAUAAUAUUUUGUAGGCAAAAUA